GUUCCGAAAAUGCCGUUGCUUCUCGUCCCAAUCGUUUUGCCUCAUUUUCCAUCAAGCCAAGAGAAGCAUCAUCUCAGAAUAAGUUUCCCAUCAGGGAGGUGCAUCCAUCGGUACAACCAGGUUGUCUUUCAUUGCAAGAGGGAUCUUGUUAGCAAGCCCACCAGAGUCGAGUCCAGUGUGAAUCAGCCGGCAUCCAGUGCAGCUUUUCGUGAUCCGGUCACACAAGCUACCACAACUAAUUGUUAAGGAAUUGAAUCCAGAAAGACAAGACCACUGCCACCGAUCCGAAUCUUUGCGUAGUCCCAAGUAAUACUCUUCCUCGUCAAAAGAAAAAAGAGGUAGAGAAGAUGACAGACAUGCUUUUGAGAAUAAACCAACAACAAUGUACCCACAGACGGGAUCGCCCUUGGGCCCUCGGUCUUUUUGUGUUUCUGCUCAUUCCCCGCGCAACGCAUGCCUGGGGGCCCGUUCGAGAGAAGCCUCUUCUGUCCUUAUCAUCCUGCAGCAGACAUUGGAUGUUGAGCUGUCGAGGUGGUGGAAGCACGGCAUCUCCAGCCGUGGCGACCAGUCUGAUUGCCAGUGCCAUUCAGGCCAAUCCCAGCGACAAGCCACAAGAACAGGCAUCUCCUGCUGCCAAGCCAAAUAAUCCGGAACAUCACCCAAUUCCCAAUGAAAACAAAGUUAGUCCGUCAACCGAACUGACAACGAAAGACGAAAAUAAUCACCAAGUUUCUCCCCCACAGCAGGAAGAGGAUGAUCCACAAAUCUUGUUCCUGAUUCGGAUUCUGUUUCUCUCCUAUUAUUCCUCCCUGGGAGCCCUACUUCCCUAUCUACCCGUCUAUUAUCAUUCUCUGGGACAUGGUGGACAGAUUAUUGGAAUGUUGGGGGCCGUCAAGCCCCUGACGACCUUUAUUGUGGCUCCCUUUUGGGGACUCGUUGCCGAUCAAACACAGGCACCCUUUGCCAUCUUAAAGGUGACCUUUUUGGUAUCCCUCGUGGGACAAUUGCUAGUGGCGGCAAGUCAUGAUUAUCGCUACAUUAUGAUCAUGGUGUUCCUGACAGCCUUGUUCAAUGCACCCGUCAAAUCCUUGAUUGAUUCCAUGGUCAUGGACCACAUUCACGAUCAAUCUCGCUAUGGGAGACUCCGAUUAUGGGGUCAAAUGGGCUUUGGCUUGGGUAGCAGUGGAGUCGGUGUAUUGCUCAGUCGAAGCAAGGGAGUCAUAUCCAGUACUGCCACAUCCAUUCCAGCCAGUUGGACCGAAUCCAUUGCCAAACUUCCAAUGGCGGUGCAGAAAUUCAUUUCCGUUGCCGAUAAGUUCUGGCAGGCCAUCACGGGGUAUCGAUUGCUGUUUUUGACCCAUGCGGCACUGUCGAUUCCAACGUGGCUAGCCAUUCUCAAGUUCCAACAACUGGACAAGGAUGCCAAAGUCGAGAAACAACAACAACAAAAACAGCUGGACAAACCAAAGAAUGGUAGUGAAGGAGGAAAAGGAGGGGCUCUCAUACAAGAAGGUUUGAAUCUAUUGGUUCACAAUGGAGAUGCCCUCUUCUUUUUCUUUUUGAUUUUCGUGGUGGGUGUUUCCAGUGGUGUCAUUGAAAACUUUGCCUAUGUACGCAUUCGUGAAGUGGGUGGCAGUGGCAAGGACAUGGGUUUGAGUCGUCUGGUAUCCAGCAUUGCAGGAGCUCCCAUGUUUUGGUUCUCGGGGUCUCUGACCCAAAAGUUGGGAGCCGAUCGAGUGUUGGUGGCUAGCUUGCUCAGCUAUGUGGUUCGAUUUGCCAUUUACGCCUCCAUGAGACACCCACUGCAUGGGUUGCCCGCGGAAGCAUUGCGUGGAAUCACAUUUGCCGCCUUUUGGAGUACUGGCACAAUCUAUGCACAUCGUAUUUCACCGCCCGGGUUGCAUGCUACCAUGUUGAUGUUCUUGAAUGCCAUGUACGGUGGUCUCGGGCAGUCCCUGGGAGCUAUCAUUGGAGGAAAGUUGCAGUCAAAGGUUGGAACUGUCUGGACGUUUCUGUACGCUGCUGGAGUGGAUCUUUGCUUUGUUGGUCUGGUAUUGUUCUACCUGAGUGUGAAAACAGACUCCAAUUUCCGAAACCCAACACCCAUUGUCCGCACGGGGAAAACGACGAGUGCAUGAAUGAAUCGAAUCAGUGCGUGAAUGCAACGAAACUCAGGUGCAAUGAAGGGUAUGCGGUUUUUGUCGAAGUCAGCGCAAUUCAGGGCAACUGUAUGUUCGGGGAAUAGGAUCAAGCCAACCUCAAACGUUCUUCGAGCACAGAUCAGCGUCCUUCGGGCGAGACGACCUUCCUUAUUAUAGGGCAUGCAAUACAGUAAGCGGGAAUGGAAAACCGGAAAAGAUCCAAGCCCAUACCUACAAACAAAGAGAAGUUCAACCUCGCAGCGGUAAAUGCCGCGAGAGAAGUUUGCCCACACAGUGCAGUCUUCCUGUUUCUUUGGGAU